AUGGGCCACUCUAACUUUGCUUUUGGCGCAACAUGCGCGCAUGCCAACACCUCAACCUUGGGCCUCUUUGUUCCUGGUUGCACUCCUAUUCACCUGCCCACAUCACACAGCCAAAUUAACCUGCUUACUUCACCAAGAUUGGAAAACAUUGAGAUUGGAGUAGCUGAAUCACCUUCAGUCCAAGCUCCUGUUCCAUGCCUCAGUGUGUCUACUUAUGUAGGUGGUCAAAUUGCGCCGCCCACUGAUAUUGAGUCUGUUAUUGGUGGAAAUGUUAACACGAGUCAGCCAUCUGGAACUGAAAUCACUCUUCUGGGUAAUGCAACCACCUGCACGACAUCUUGUUCAACUUCGUCUUCAAUGCCACAUUCAACGUCAACAAAGUCUUUAGCAUCAGAAACAAUUGCUUCAGGCGCACUUCAGGCUACUGGAUCCAUUUUACCUGGGAUACCUGGACUUGAACUGCCUGGUCUUCAUGUGGCUUCAACUCAUGCUGCCCAGGAUGGCUCAUAUACAUAUUCCACGCAUUAUUUACAAGGCAACUCUUUGCCACCUGGACCUGGGAAUGGAACUGUUAAUGUAAUCGGGCACAGUGUAGCUGGUAUAGGUGUUGCAUGCGCUGGUGGAGCAAGUGGCCAGGUUCCUGGGCUGACUACUUCGUCCACCGUCAACCUACAACCUCAGACAUGGGCAACUGGAAGUAGUCUUGUCACUCUUCCAAGUAUUUAG